CGUCAACCUGGCAUUUCCUGGUUGGGAAGAAGCUUCGACGUUGGGAGUCGUUGACAGUAGAGCUAUCUACUUCAGUCUCAUCCUCCUUUGCCUAUCUAGCCAAGGUAAUGUCUGAACCAGCGAAGGCCAGCUCCGGCACAAGGAACCCGAGGGACCACAGUCACCACUCAGUAGACAGUCGUCCACUCUCUCACCAUUCAGCUGCAUCUGAUGGCCAUACAGUCACUUCAUUGGAUGACCACCACGCACGCUCACAUCAUUCAGACACAGGUGGUGCCAAUGGGCAUACACACUCCGAUCUUCCAUUUGAUGGUCAUAUACACACGUAUAUUCCAGACAUGGAUGAGGACAAGAUCUAUAUGGACUAUAACGCCACCACCCCACUGGAGCCACAGGUGAUCCAGGCUGUUACUGAAGCCCUGCACGACGCCUGGGGAAACCCCAGUAGUACCUACACACCAGGUGUGAAAGCAAAGAAGAUCAUUACCCAGGCGAGAGAGAAUGUGGCUAGAAUGGUGGGGGGAAAAGCAGAGGACAUCAUCUUCACCUCUGGUGGGACUGAGGCCAAUAACCUGGUGUUCCACAGUGCCCUGGAGGCCUACAGAGAGAGCUGCAGGACAGCAGAGCAGAGAGGGGAGAGACAUCGCCAUGAGAACAGCGGUACCUCAGCCUGGCCUCUACCUCAUAUCCUCGUCUCUAACGUAGAGCAUGACUCUGUCAGACUGACCGCUGAACACCUGCUGAAGGACGCCACGGCAGACGUGACGUCAGUGGCGGUUUCCAAGGUGACGGGGAGGGUGGAGGUGGAGGAUGUGUUGGCUGCUGUCCGCUCCUCCACCUGUCUCAUCUCUAUCAUGAUGGCGAACAACGAGACAGGAGUCCUAAUGCCAAUCAGAGAGCUCUGUCAGAGGAUCAGAUUUGUCAACAGACAGCGUCAACAUAGAAUCCUGCUGCACACUGACGCGGCCCAGGCCAUAGGCAAGGUGCGGGUCGACGCCCGUGACCUGGGAGUGGAUUACCUCACCAUUGUAGGACACAAGUUCUAUGCACCGAGGAUUGGUGCGUUGUAUGUGAACGGCCCAGGAACAAUCACACCACUCUACCCCAUGUUGUUUGGAGGGGGACAGGAGAGGAACUUCAGACCAGGCACUGAGAACACACCAAUGAUCGCUGGCCUUGGAAAGGCAGCAGAGCUGGUGAACUCUAACCUGACUGAGUAUGAGACUCAUAUGCUGGAUACAAGGGACUACCUGGAGAAACAACUAGAGGCGGUCUUCGGGAGAGAGAGGAUCCAUUUCAACAGUCAUUUCCCUGACUCCGAGACCCUCCCCAACACCUGUAACGUGUCCAUUCUGGGUCCUGGACUACAGGGGAGGAAGGUAUUGUCCAGCUGUAGAAGACUGCUGGCCAGUGUUGGGGCUGCAUGCCAUUCACACAGAGGAGACAGGCCCUCCCAUAUCCUGCUGAGCUGUGGCAUCCCUGAGGAGGUGGCAGCUAAUGCCCUGAGGCUGAGUGUGGGGAGAGGCACCAGCAGGGCUGAGGUAGGCCUGGUGGUGGAGGAUCUGAAGAAUGCUGUCGAGAGGCUUGGAGGGACUCAACUGAUCAACGUUGAUUGAUUCUUUGACUUAUUGGUUGAUUGAUCUACAGAAUAUACACCUGAUAGUACUGUGACAUACUGUGUUACAAACAGUUAAUCUUUUAAAGCAAUAUCUUAUCAAUUCUGCCAUGAGAGUGUACGUUUGUUAUUUGUUUGUAGCAUACACCAUGUGUGUAGACCUAAUGUAUAUCUUUUUGUGCUUUUUAUUAGUUUAAUUCAGGAGAAAAUGUUUCCAAUGUUUAAAAGACUGGAAAAACGUAUUUAAACUGACUUGAAUGAUGUGAAAUAGACAAAGGCUUUAUUGUGCUUGCUGUCAGUCGUCCGCUUCGCUGGUUAAUACUUAAUCAGGGGAGCUAACAGAAACUUCAUGUGAAUACAGCAUAUCAGCUGUUUAAAGUUGGAGAUGGUUUGUAAAAAAUGCUUCCCGCUAAUAAAGCAUUGGUGUAUCAACUUCUA